ACGAAUCUUUGUUCUCCUCUGGGAUCUUUUGAAUUGCUUCUCUGCCGGCCCACAGUAUCUAUUCUGUGCCGGCAAUUAAUCCCGUUACCAACCUCGUGAUGGCUUCCCGCCAAGUUGCACGUGGUCAAAGCAAAAAGACCACCUCUGGUACAGGCUCUGCCACCUCUCAAGCAAUCACUAAUGGCCAUCUAAUUUGUCCAACUUGUUCUGAAGAGAUCGUUGACCCAGUUGGUAAGAAAAAAGGUCACCAAUCAAUUGAAUGUAAUGGUCCAUGUCACAUGUGGCUUCACCGCCAAUGUGCUGGUCUCUCUCGAGCUGCUUUUGAUGCUGCUGGUGCUUCAAAUGAUCCUUUCUUUUGUCCUCAAUGUGUAAUAAGUAAUCAAAAUCAGGAGAUUACUACACUGAAAUUGAAACUUGAUGAAGUGCUUAAUGAAUUAUCUGCUCUCAAAAACGAGGUUGCCAAUCUUAAGACAGAAGUAUCCCAGCACCUAGUGCAGGAUGACAAUAAUCCUGACAGCAUCCCCACUGAUUCUACAAUGCCUCGUACCAGUGCUAGACCUGUUGGAAAUUCUUCCAGGGUUAACAUGCAAAAUCGUAGCCUACCUAGAGAUCGGUCCUGUAAUCUAGUCAUCUAUGGUAUCCCUGAAUGUCCUCAUGGUACAAAUAGGAUGGCUACUCCACUAGUUGGUGUUAGACCUUCAACACAACUCUCUCUCUGUUCUACCACUUGUAUCUUUGCUCUCUACAUUAUAGAUCUCGAUGAAGUAAUUGCAUUACUUGAGAGGCAUCAGUACAGCAAAGAAUCAUAUCAUGAACUUUGUCUUCAUCUGCACAACAAUACACUAGAACAAGACCACAGAGAUGUUCAUUCUUGUUUUACAGAGUGUUUGACUAGCUGGUUGCGUAAAGCUGAUCGUGUGGAAACUCCUAAGCCUCGUACAAUAGAUGCACUGAUUACUGCUCUUAGAGAAAUUGGAGAGAAUGCUGUAGCUGAUGGUAUUAAUGAAGAAAGACAAAGGCACCUAACAAAUUUACCUGCAUGUGCGUAUUUUACAUUAUUUCCUGCUAAUCCAGGUGUUUGUAAUCUUAAGCACAAAAUUGAAAAGGUUCCUGAGUUGGAAAAGAUUGCUAGUAAAUUACAAGAGAAAUAUGAUUUUCUUGUUUUUGCAGUUAGAAAAUCACUUAGAGAUCAUUGUAUUGAUGUAGAAGAUGCCAAAGCUUUGAUAAAAAAAAGCUUGAAGAAAAAAGCUCUUGCUGUUUCUUAUUUACUUCCCUGCAUUGAUAUUCUUGAGAAAGCAAGUGAUUUUAAUAGCUUUUUUGAGUUUCUAAGGAGGUGUGAUUUCAUUGGUUACCUCAAUUACAAGCUAUUAAAGGCAUUAUCUGGGCUAAUCAUUGGUGGUGAUGAGAUCAACAAGCUUUUUUUGGAAUAUGAAAAGGAAUAUGCCAAGUUAUUAAAUUUAGAUUCAUUUCAAAAUUUGAUACCAUUUUUUGAAGAAAAAACUGAUGAAUCUCCUGAUGCUCCUCUUGGAUUACCUUGUGUUUCUUUCAAAAAGCCUUUGGUGAGGAAAUUCUCGUGUUCUUAUUAUGCAAUUCUUAAACAAUUAAGUGGAAGCAGUGUUCCCUUGAGAGAUUCAACAAAUGAGAAAGAAGUUACUUCAAUUGAACAAGAUGCUCUAGCCAAAUGGUUAAAAGAAGGCACAGUUAAUCUAACUGUUAAACGCGUUCAAAUGCUUGGCCCUCCUGGCUCUGGUAAAACGUGUUCUCAACUUCUCCUACUAAAUGAAGAUCCACCUGAAGAUGUCACUGACAGUACACCAAUAGCUUGCCGUGCUGUCAAAGCCACAAGAACAUCAAUUGAAAAUGGUCAUAUGAAGAGAGUUGAUGCCAAAGCUUUUCUUUCAAGGUUGGCAUGUGAUUUAAUAGAAUCUGCAUCAAAACUAAAGGAAACACUGGUACCAACAGGAGGCUGUGAUGGCACAAAAUCAAAGGGGGAAUCUUCAGAUAACAUUCCUACUGGUAGUCCCGAGACUGAAGCAACAGAAUCAGCUGAUACAACAGAAAAAGUAGCAAGAUUAGCAGAUUCAGCAAAUGAUUAUCAUUCUAAUAAGGUACUUCAAGAUAUUGUAGAGGCCAUCCCAAAUGCAGAAGCUAAUUUAAAUUGUAAUUGGGUAUACAUUGUUGAUUCUGGUGGUCAGACAGCAUUUCAAGAGUUAUUGCCUUUGUUUACUAGAGCAGCUUCUCUUAAUAUCAUCACAAUAGACCUUUCUAAAGGUGUGGAUGAGAAGCUUGAUCUGCAAUAUAGAAUUGAUGGAGCAUCAUUUCCUUGUGAUUCAAAUUUUUCGUAUACAAAUAUUGAAUUUUUAAGGGGUGUUUUUUCCUCUGGGGCUAAUUUGCAGCUUUACCACUCACCACAUUCAGAAGAAGAUGCUGCAACUCCAGAAUAUUUUGUUCUAGGUACACACAGUGAUGAUGCUAAAGCCACGCAGCAAAAGAUUGCAAUAUUUAAUAAAGAGAUAUCAUCAUUAACAUCUGGCAAAAAAGGCUAUUCCAUCAUUCCUGCAGAACAAAAUGGAGACAUCAUAUACCCAGUCAAUACAAUGCUCAAACCUGGCCCCGAAAGACAGGAAGAAUCCAAGAAUCUUUGUGAUACAAUAUUUGAUUUUGAUGACGAUACCUUAGAUGAUACUUUUGAUGAUACAAUUCAACUGCCAGUUCGAUGGUUUGCUUUUGAGCUGACUUUGCUAGAGAAAGCAGGAAAUAGCAGUGUCCUUCAUAUGAAUGAUGUCUUGUCUAUUGGUAGGAGCCUGGAAAUGGAUGAUGGCGAUACAAAAAAGGCUCUGGAAUAUCUUCACAAUGUUACCAUUAUUCUUUAUUAUCCUCAAGUUUUACCUGACAUAGUGUUCGUUGAUCCCCAUCCUAUUCUUGAUAUUCUCUCACGUCUAUUAGCUCUUACUUAUAAAAUUAAACGAAAAUUUUUGCGACGCCUUACAAGAGAGACGCCCUCAGAACCUGAACUGGAUAAACUAAGUAAGGAAGGCAUAUUCACAGAAUCACUGCUGGAUAAGUUAAAAGAUGACCAGAGAUUUUCUAAAUCUGAUUUUAUCAAUCUUUUGCUUCACCUACACAUCAUUGUUGAGACACAAGAUGGUUACUUCAUUCCUUUUGCAUUGCCUCCUUUUGCAUUGCCUCCUUUUGGAUCUACUGGUUCUCUCCCAAAGUCAGAUAUCAUCAACCCAUUACUAAUAGUCUGGCUCAAUCCUGUCACUAAAGAAGUUUUGCCUGUUCCCCGUGGAAUAUUCCCUUUGGCAGUUGUCAAUUUAAUGAAGCUUAAUCAACCACUAUUUCAAUUUUUUCCAGGUUCUCAAGAAUAUCUCAGAUAUCGUGAUGCUAUGUCGUUUCGAGUUCGUGUUCAUGAUGAAUUUAUUGGCACCAUUCACUUCAUUAAGAAACACAGACACAUUGAGAUUCAUUUUGAUACCAAUGAACUGAAAUACUGUCCGCUUAUCUGUGAAGCAGUAACAGAAGCUAUUCGCAGCAGUAAUGUUGUCAUUAAUUUGAAGCCUCUUCAUAAGCUUGCCUUUGCUUGCUGUGAUAUGAAAGAUUGCUAUUGUAUUGUCACAAAUGAAGCUGAAGAGAAAGUUGAAUGUACUUUAUGCCCAAGACCAGCUCUUAUCAGUGGGAGAAAAGAGUACUGGAAUUGGUUUCAUGUUACUCAUAAGAGCUUAACUGAAGCUCCAAAGUUAGCUCGCGAGACUACCCCAAAGACACUUGACAUCACUGACCUUAAAGAUGUAUUGACAUUACUCAGAGAAUGUCAUUUUAAUGGUGAUUGGGAGGGACUUGGUAUAGAGUUGGGUCUAUAUAAACAUCCAACACUCUCAGACAUACAGCAGAGUUACACCAGAAGUUCUACUCUUACAGAGUGUCUUGCUUCAUGGUUACUAAGAGUCGAUGGUGUAGAUCAAAAUGGUGGAGCAACCUAUGUCUCUCUUGCUAAUGCUUUUGAAACAUUAGGUCAAAAUGCUAUAGCUGAUCAUAUACGCAAAAUUAAACUGCCACAGGAAGAAACCUGUAUUAUUGUAAAUGAUGCCCACCAUAUUUUGGACAUCACUUGUUUAAGAGAUGUACAUUUAUCAUUAUGUGAUCUUUAUGAGUCAAAGUGGCUUGAUCUUGGUGAUCAGUUAGGGCUAUAUGCUAAAACUUUACAAGCUAUUGAAGAUGAUUAUUCUGAUGACAGGAGGUGUCUCAGGGAAACACUUGUGAAAUGGUUAGCAGGAGCUGAUGAUGUUUUACCUUCAUGGGGCUCAUUAGUUCAGGCACUUGAAGCUAUUGGAGAAAAUAAUGUAGCUGAAAACAUAAGAUGCACAAAGAUUAAGAGAAAAAUUACAUAACACAACUUUUGUAUUUAGCUCAGUGUUUCUGUUGAUGUGUAGUUUUGUCACAAUUUUUUGUGUGCCACUCCACUAGUGACUUUCGACGCAACUCUCGCUGUUUUAUUACCUGUAUUAAUUUUUUUAGCUCUUUGUAUUAAGUGGUGUAAAUUUUGUAA